AUGGCUUCACAAGAGCAACUGGAACUCGAGGCCAAGCGGACAGCCCAUGUCGAGCAGCUGUCCGAUUGGCUGCUCCAACACAGCAGCAUUUACAACAUCUUCCUGUCAGGCAUCAAGCAAACCUCAGUCGUCGCCGGCACCGUCGUCAGCCGCCUCACUCUUACAUCUGCACAUCUCAACUCCAAAGGCGGUCUACACGGCGCUGUGUCAGCGGCCUUUAUCGACUUCACAACGGGACUGGCAAUUGCCUCGUGGGACCUGAGGGAAAAGACGGGCGCGAGCGUCGACAUGCACAUCAGCUACUUGAGCAGCGCGGGAGCCGGAGAUGUCGUGGAGAUUGUGUCGACGGCGGAAAAGGUUGGGGGAUCGAUGGCGUUUGUGACGAUUUUGAUUCAGAAAGUUGAGGUUGUGGAUGGGGAGGAGAAGAAGACGCUGGUGACCAAGGGCCAUCACACCAAGUUUGUGAGGGGGACUGCGAAGCCAAAGACGGAGGGUGAAGUGAGGAAUUAG